UGGGCGGGGCUUUAGAGGACCGGCCAAAAGGGAGGGAGGUUCGGGGCCGGAAGUGAAGCCUGGGCAUUUCCGGGGGCGGAGCUACGGCGGCCGCUUGGGGCCGCACCUGUCCUAAGCCGCCGGGCUGUGCAUUUGGGUCGCUGGAGUGGGAGGCUUUUUGCCGCCGCAGUUGCGGCCGGCCCUGGAGGUGGGAGAAGAUGGUGGAGGACGGAGUGGAGGAGCUGGAAGAUCUUGUGCAUUUUUCCGUGUCGGAGCUGCCGAGCCGGGGAUACGGGGUGAUGGAGGAAAUCCGGAGGCAGGGGAAGCUGUGCGAUGUGACCCUGAAGGUUGGAGAUCACAAAUUCAGUGCCCAUAGGAUUGUCUUAGCUGCAUCAAUCCCUUACUUUCAUGCUAUGUUUACCAAUGACAUGAUGGAAUGUAAGCAGGAUGAGAUUGUAAUGCAAGGAAUGGACCCAAGUGCCCUGGAGGCUUUGAUUAACUUUGCCUACAAUGGCCACCUCGCCAUUGAUCAGCAGAAUGUCCAGUCCUUGCUCAUGGGGGCCAGUUUCCUACAGCUGCAGAAUAUCAAAGAUGCUUGCUGCACAUUCCUCAGAGAACGGCUUCACCCCAAGAACUGUCUGGGUGUUCGUCAGUUUGCUGAAACCAUGAUGUGUGCUGUGCUUUAUGACUCAGCCAACAGUUUCAUCCACCAGCAUUUUGUGGAGGUGUCUAUGUCAGAAGAGUUCCUGGCAUUACCCUUUGAAGAUGUCCUUGAGUUGGUGUCUCGGGAUGAGCUCAAUGUGAAAUCAGAGGAACAGGUAUUUGAAGCUGCAUUAGCCUGGAUUAGGUACGAUCAGGAACAGCGAGAACCCUGCCUUCCAGAGCUUCUGUCCAAAAUCCGUCUGCCUCUGUGUCGGCCUCAGUUCCUGUCAGAUCGGGUACAACAAGAUGACCUGGUCCGCUGUUGUCAUAAGUGCAGGGACUUGGUGGAUGAAGCAAAAGACUAUCACCUCAUGCCGGAGCGCCGGCCACACCUGCUGGCCUUCAAAACUCGGCCUCGCUGUUGCACUUCCAUUGCAGGGCUCAUCUAUGCAGUAGGGGGGCUGAACUCAGCAGGUGAUUCGCUGAAUGUGGUCGAAGUAUUUGAUCCCAUCGCCAAUCGGUGGGAAAAGUGUCAGCCCAUGACGACAGCCCGUAGCCGUGUGGGAGUGGCUGUGGUCAACGGACUCCUCUAUGCCAUCGGAGGAUAUGAUGGCCAAUUGCGGCUGAGUACAGUGGAGGUGUACAACCCUGAGACAGACACGUGGACCAAAGUGGGCAGCAUGAACAGCAAACGAAGUGCUAUGGGAACAGUUGUGUUAGAUGGACAGAUCUACGUCUGUGGUGGAUAUGAUGGCAACUCCUCCCUCAACUCUGUGGAGACCUAUUCCCCUGAAACAGACAAGUGGACGAUAGUGACACCAAUGAGCUCAAAUCGAAGUGCAGCGGGAGUCACUGUAUUUGAAGGCCGAAUAUAUGUUUCUGGAGGACAUGAUGGUUUACAAAUCUUCAAUAGUGUAGAAUAUUACAACCACCAUACAGCCACCUGGCACCCAGUGGCAAGCAUGCUCAACAAGCGUUGCCGUCAUGGAGCUGCGUCUUUGGGCAGCAAGAUGUUCGUCUGUGGGGGCUAUGAUGGUUCCGGCUUCCUCAGUAUCGCUGAGGUCUACAGUUCUGUGGCAGACCAGUGGUACCUGAUUGUCCCAAUGAAUACACGCCGGAGCCGGGUCUCCCUGGUAGCAAACUGUGGGCGCUUGUAUGCUGUGGGAGGUUAUGAUGGACAGUCCAACCUGAGCUCAGUAGAGAUGUAUGACCCAGAAACGAACCGCUGGACAUACAUGGCCCCCAUGGUGUGUCAUGAAGGAGGGGUUGGUGUAGGCUGCAUUCCCCUCCUCACCAUUUAAAGCAAGAAGUGGGACAUGUGGGAUGGGGUCAAAACCAUGGGUUUAUCCUUCAAGUGACAGUCCUGGGAAGCAGCAGCACAUCACUUUGGGGUGUAAUGUGAAAUCACAGGAGGUACGGUUUUCCAGGUGCUUAAGUCAUCACCACAUGGCCGCUCUGGCCAGACAGGCCAAGAUCACUGAAAUGCACAACAUGAAGCAGUCAUCACUGGGCCCUCUGUGGCUUGACAUCUCAUGGUGCAGCACCCUCUUCAGUAGCUGAUGCCCAUGAAGUGCUCCAUUCAAACCCAGCUCCCACACUCCAACUUGCCUAAAUGGGCCCCUAGUCCUUCCUAGUUUGGCUUCAUGUCCAGCAUUUGUAGAUGUCUGGCCAUUUGCUAGCCACAGUGUGUGGGAUUUUCCUUGGAGCAGCUGCAGUGACCCAGCCUGUGUAACGUGUGUGGGUCUGUGGUUGAGAGAAGGGGUACACUCUGUGUUUUUAGGGUAAAUAACCCUAAUAUCAGUGCAGUAUAUUUAAUGGCAGCAGUUUGUCUGUUGCAAAAAAUCAUGUUCCUUCUAUGGAUAGAGUAGAGCACAUAGGAUUAUAUCCUUGCAUAGAUGCAUGAGGAGAAACGGAUAGGUUUCUCCCAUGUCUUAGUUUGGGGGUUGAAUGUAGUUUUUCAUCUUGAUUUGGACAAAACAAAAAGGACACUUUAAAGCAAAACUGAAGAAUAUGAACUUUUUUCUCUCUUCAUGUUGGGAAGAAAGUGGAAGUAAACCAUUUCUUUGGUUUUACAGAAAGAGAAAAAAAAGGAUAAAAAAAACACAAGCAGAAAACCUUUGUAUAAAACAAAGAACUGCCAAAUGUUCAAAGAAACGCACUUAUGCAGGUGUGAAAUAUGACAUUUUCUGGGACUUGGUAUAUGCGUGGAAUCCAAGCUGGGCUUUGACCUGUACUGUAUCAAGGAUCAAUUUGUGAUUUAAUCCAGUAUUGAUGGCAGACAUUUGAUGUUGAGAUUUAAAUUUGUCUUUAGGCUGGAUGCAUAGCACAUGGGGAGCAUUGUGCAACAAGCACAAAAAAGUUUUUAAUUAUAGGUGCAGCUGGUCUGGAACCUUUUGCUCUCUGCUCAGCCAUCAGGCACUUUCCUUGGUGCUCCCAAGAAGUCAGCCAAGGCUCCUAGGUCCUUUCCUUGUUUCAUCUUCUUUAAGGAUGGACUCAGCUCUUGUUUUUAUCCAACUUCCUGUUUUCCUUUUAUUUCCACUUUUAACUUCAGCAGGACUCUAUCUGACCCUUAUUUUUCAGGCAUUAGUUCCUGCAUUUGUCCUUUGUAUGAUUGUACAUCAAUGACUAACUCUGUAGUAGUGCAAACACUCCAGAGCUUGAAUACUUCCAACCAUUAGUAGCUUACUGAAUUCCAUGCCCUCAGCUUGCCAGUGGGUCUUCUGUGCUUCCAGCUGGUCUAGUAUUCCAAGGCUUUGUAUUUUUUUCUAAAUGUCCUUGGCAGACCAGUAAUGUGGACCAUUUGGGCUUAUGCAAAGAGGAUAUAUGGCAUGCAGAAUGGAAAUGUUAAAAAAAAAAAACACCCUUCUUUCACCUCUAAAUUCAGUAUUUCUGUGUGUUUUCCAUAGUGCUGCCAUUGAGCAUCUAGCCUCCCAUCCACUCCUAGUUGGGACCUUUGGCAUAACAAAGUGAGUUCAUGAACAAUAGAGUAGCCUGCAGACUGCUAUCACUGUUUCUUGAAGGACUUUUCAGGGAAGUGGAACCGCCUAGGCAUUUCUGGGGCUUGCUGGGGUGUCAAAGUCCUGCUCUAUCUCACUGUCUUUUGUAACAGAGCCAGAACAAGUUGGGAAAAUAAAAUGAGACUUGCAAGAGUGUGCAUAAUAGACUUUUCUUUCAACUUCUCAUGCCAAAAUUGAUUUUAUUUAAAAAAAAAGUUUUACCAGAAGGCAAUAGGGGUAAAAAUGACACUUAUUCAUUGGAGAUUCCACUAUAAGGUAGUUAUUAUCUUGGCCUGAUGGAGUUCGAGAACCAGACUGGAGUAAUUAUAGGGUCACAGAUCUUUUAGAGCUGGAAAAGAUUUUAAAGAGGUCAUCUAACCCAGUUUCUUUAUUUUGAACUAAGGCCCCCCAAAAUUUGUUGAGUUGCCUAAGGUCAUACAAACCCAUAGCCUUCGGUUUUCAAGGGAGCAUUCUCUCCAUUGCACCAGGAUUCCUAGCUCUUCCUUGGAGAGUCCAUAAUUGGAUUCUCCUCCUUUCCCAACAUCAGACCCAUAUUCCACAUAAGAUCCCCACUCUUAUUUCUUGCCCAUAUCUCUCACCGUUAGGGGAAAUAAUCAUUCCAAAAGAAAAAUUAUAUACUGGGCCUUUGCUAUGAGGAAUAAAAUUUAGUUUUUGUUCAUUUUUAAGGCCUGCUUACCAGAAGUUGUGUUACUUGGGCCCUUUUUUUUUUUAAUCCCUAUGAAUGAGAAUUUACAUUUAGUUAGCAGGCACUGUUAUCUUGUGUUUACACUGGGAAUAUUACAAGAGACCAAAAGUCAGCUUUUCCAUUUUGUAACAAAGAUUGUCAAUAUCUUUAGUUUUUUUUUUUUUAAGUUUCCCUUGUAGCUUUUAAAGACAAUAUCCUAAAAUAUAGCACUAGUAACUAACUAUCCAUGGCACUUAUAAAUCCCUAGAUCACUAAGUCUGGAUAUCAUAAUGAAUAGCUUUGGAUGAAAAUGGGCCCAUAUCAUGCCAGAUUCUAGUUUUUCCAUUAAUAACUGAAUUCCCUAAAGUGAAACAGUGCCAUCAUAUUUAGGUCUACUCUAGUGGUCAAGACUCAAAUGUAUGAAAGACCAAGUCAUUGGUUUAGUCCCAGCUCCCGAGUACGGGUGACCAUGUGAGUAUCUUUUGAUACUUUAAUGUCAGCUACACUGCCAUAGAGUUGUAUCUGGUCUGAUAUGACUACACUGAUGCCAUAGUAGCUAUACCAAUCUGGUUUCCGGGGAUAAAAGCCAGUCUAAUUGGCACUAUUAAAGAACAGGACAUCCCUAGGAAAUGUCAUCAACUAAGACUUAUUAGGACUAAGGAGCUCAAUGGGUUAUGAGGUCAGAUCUUAUGCCACUCCCAAGUUGUCUGUGAAUGAAAACAUAGUUGUGCUUCACUUUCCUAGAGGUGAAGAAGAUCAUAGUCAUUUCAGACUAUAUGAGCUCCUUAUCCUGUAAUUGUGCUUUUCUCCAUCUUAUCUCAGAAAUCAGCACACCCACCUUCCUCUAAUACCAGUGUUUUAGCAGUGGGGGGCUACAUACAGACCAGCCUUUUGGCCUGACACCAGAAUCCUGACCACAAAGGAAUAAUCCAUUGUUCACUUGAUUUCCCUCUGUGAUUCGGCUUUCUUUUUAUUCUACAGAAUGCAUGUCUUUUUGUGUUGAAAAACCAAAGAGAAAAUAAAGAAGCAAAACAAUCCUAA